AUGAAGACCCUUGCACCCCAGGCUCUCCUGCUGCUGCUCCUGGCCAACCUGGCUCCUACCAAUAUCAACAGGCUAGACCAGCCUGUUCCCUUCUCCAUUCUGCAUUCUGACCCCCAACCCCUGCUGAAGACCCUCAAUUGGAGCCCCCAGGCACCAGCAUGGGAUCCCAGUAGGAAGCCCCACUUCAUCCUUGGUGUCUACUUGGAUGACAUUCAUAUUCAGAGAUUCAACACCAUAGCACAGACUCGGAGGCUGGAGCACUGUGCUCCUUGGGUGGAUGAGCACCAGCCACAAUACUGGGAUAACGUGACACGGGACAUUCUGGCACUAAUUGACAUCUACAAUGAUUUACUGAAGAAAGUGCUUCACCUGUACAAUCAAAGUGAAACUGGUUAUCACACGGUGCAGAUCCUGAUUGCCUGUGAUGUGCUGCCUGGAGGAAAGUUCAGUCAUGGACAAUGUAAAUUAAUCUUCGAUGGCCAUGAUUACAUUGCCUUGAAUGAGGACCUGAACACUUGGACUGCAUUUGGCAAGGCAGCUGAGAUCCUGAUGGAAGAGUGGGAGAAUACAGCGUUUGCAAAAUCUGUGACGCCUUACCUAAUGAAUGGAUGUGUGCACUACCUCCUCAAGGAGCUGCACUAUGAGAAGGCGUUCUUGAUGAGAACAGACAUCCCAAAAUUACAUGUGACCCAUAAGGUCAGAGCUGAUGGGAAUAUCACUCUAAGGUGCUGGGCCCUGGAUAUCUACCAUGCUGAGAUCACCCUGACCUGGCAGAGAGAUGGGAGCAACCAGAAUCUGGACAUGGAGGUGAUAGAGACCAGGCCAGCAGGAGAUGGAACCUUCCAGAAGUGGGCAGCUGUGGUGGUGCCUCCUGGGGAGGAGCAGAGAUACACAUGCCAUGUGAACCAUGAGGGGCUGCCUGAGCCCCUCACCCUGAGAUGGGAGACUCCUAAGCCCUCUGUCCCCAUCAUGCCAAUUGUUAUUGGCCUGGUUCUUGGAGCUGUGCUUAUGGGAGCUGUGGUGACUUUUCUGAUAUGGAAGAGGAGGAAUAAAGGUAAGGAAAAUGCAGGGUCUGAGUUCCUGUCUCUCUGA